AAAAGGAAAAUAUUCUGAUGCAUAUGUUUUUCCGUCUGAAAAGGAUAUCGAAACGAAAAUGCCAAUAACCAGUUUAGAUUUUGCAUCUUUAUAUUCUAGCCUUAUCAUGACAUAUAACCUCUCUCUAGAAAAAUUUAUAUUAAGUUCAAAGGAUGCUGACAUUACACAAAAAAAUAGGAAUACCCUAUAUGAGAUUAGUUUUCCAUUUAAUAAGCGUGACAUUUAUACUUGA